UUAAAGUAGGAUCCUUUUCAACCAUAUAUAAAUUAGAUGAUGCUGAUCUCUAGCAGUCAAAUUGGACUGGUAUCUAACCCUCCAGCAGUCGAGGUAGACUAUUCAGCAACCACCUCAUGUUCUUUCAGUAUGUUAUAUACACACACAUAUAUACGUAUAGAAAGAAUAUACUUACUCCUGUUAGAACUGCAUGUAUGGCUGUUGGGUCGGGUGUAAGUGUAGGCAGUGAAGUCGGGAAGUACAAUGGUCAGAUCACACCAUUUGUAGUGUUGUCAUGUAUGGUUGCUGCAACAGGAGGUAUCAUAUUCGGAUAUGAUAUCGGAAUUUCAGGUGGAGUGACCUCCAUGGAGCCAUUUUUGAAAAAAUUCUUCCGAAAAGUGUACACCAAAAUGGAAGAAGACACCAAGAUAAGCAACUACUGCAAAUUCGACAGCCAACUACUGACUUCCUUCACAUCUUCACUAUACGUAGCUGGUCUGAUUGCAACCUUUUUUGCUUCUCCCAUCACUCGAGCUUUCGGACGCAAACCCUCCAUUCUUAUUGGUGGGGUCGCAUUUCUUGCUGGUGCAGCUUUUGGUGGGGCCGCUUACAAUAUAUACAUGCUUAUAAUCGGCCGUGUCUUGCUUGGUGUAGGAGUUGGUUUCGCAAACCAGUCGGUUCCAUUAUAUCUAUCGGAAAUGGCACCAUCGCGAUACAGAGGAGCAUUCAACAUGGGAUUUCAAUUUUGUGUUGGUAUAGGCGUUCUAGCUGCAAAUCUUCUAAACUAUGGGAUUCAAAAGAUAGAAGGUGGUUGGGGAUGGAGAAUCUCAUUAGCCAUGGCUGCUGUUCCCGCCUCAAUUCUAACAAUUGGAGCUCUUUUUCUCCCGGAAACACCUAACAGCUUAAUACAACACAACAAGGAUGAUCCAGAUAAAGCUAAGAAAAUGCUACAGAAAGUCAGAGGGACAGAUGAUGUAAAGGCUGAAUUUGAUGAUCUAGUGACAGCAAAUGAAAUCUCAAAAACAAUUAAACACCCUUUCAAGAACAUCUUGAGGCCAAAAUACAGACCUCAGCUUGUUAUGGCAAUUGCGGUUCCAUUCUUUCAGCAGGUUACAGGAAUCAAUGUGAUCUCGUUCUAUGCUCCAAUUCUGUUUCGAACAAUAGGAUUUGGUGAAAGUGCUUCGCUUAUGUCAGCAGUGGUGACUGGGCUUGUGGGUCUUAGCAUGACCUUUUUAUCGUUGCUGAUAGUGGACAGAGUUGGUCGCCGGACUAUAUUCACCAUUGGAGGUGUUCAAAUGUUUGUUUCACAGAUGCUAGUGGGGGCAAUCAUGGCAGCAAAACUAGGGGAUCAUGGUGGAUUGAGUAAGGGAUAUGGUUUUUCAGUGUUGAUCUUGAUAUGCACUUAUGUGGCUGGUUUUGGUUUAUCAUGGGGUCCAUUAGGAUGGUUGAUUCCUAGCGAGAUAUUCCCAUUGGAGAUUAGAUCUGCAGGACAAAGCAUCACUGUUGCAGUGGGAUUUCUUUUCACUUUCAUAGUCGCUCAAACGUUUUUGGCAAUGCUUUGCCAUAUGAAGUCAGGAACUUUCUUCUUUUUUGGUGGAUGGGUGGCGGUGAUGACGGUGUUUGUGUACUUUUUUCUGCCGGAGACUAAAAAUGUGCCGAUUGAGAAGAUGGAUCGGAUAUGGAAGAAGCACUGGUUUUGGAAGAAAUACGUGGGCAAAGAAGAUGAUACUAAUUACGAUCCUGUCACUGCUGAAAUUAAAACAGACAUUUAACAAAAAAAAAGCCCUAAUGAAAUUGUAUCAUGAACACCAAGUUCAUGUUUCUACUUCGAUAAUGAAUUAUAGUUAUAGAUUGUAGAGCAGAAAACCAUAAAAAUUUCAAUUGUAAUUUUCAUGUACCUGGUAAUCAUAAACACCAAGACUGAAAAGCAAGUUAGAAUGCAUGACUAAAUCCGAUGGGGUA